AUGUAUAAGGAAGAAAAACACCCUGAAGAAAAGUCAGAGAAAAAAGCGUUUGAGUUUAUUCAAGAGGAUGAAAAGAAAGAGCAGAGCUGCUCAGAUGACAGCGUCAGAGAUGAUGAAACUCCAAUAACGGACAAGCAGGGCAAGAAGAGACCCGCAGCAGACUUUGAUGAGGAGGGGGUGACCCAUGCUGUGGGAAAUGAGGUACAGUCCAUGCUGGAGAGAUUUGGAGCUGAUAUCAGCAAAGUGAUGCAGGCCAAGAAGAAGCGUCUGGAGUGCUUGACGAAGAACUACAUGAAGGGAAGCCAACACAAGCUGGAGCAGCUGUGGAACGUCUACCACGCUCAGAGGCAGAAGAUAACUAGCCAGUACUCCCAGCAGGUGUCCUCAGCGCUGCAGCAGUGGGAGACAGAAGCCCAGCGAGCCGAGGAGCAGGAAGAGAAGCUCAACAAUCUGUUCAGACAACAGCAGAAGAUCCUGCAGCAGGCCCGAGUGGUUCAGAACCAGAAGCUGAAGACUGUCAGAGAGCUGUACGAGCAGUUUGUGAAGAACAUGGAGGACAUGGAGAAGAGCCACGACUCUUUCCUGCAGGGGGCGCAGCAAGAGCUGAGGAAGGAGAUGGCCACGCUGCAGAAGAAGAUCCUCAUGGACACACAACAGCAGGAGAUGGCCACAGUCCGUAAAUCGCUGCAGUCCAUGCUGUUCUAGCCUGCUGUUACCACGGCUACAGAGCUACUUCCUACUGUUAACGACUGUCACUGCCCGAUGUGAGUCGAGGGCAGAUGUGAGUCGCGCACGCUCAGAUUUAAACUGUUUACGGCAUAACGAGUCAUACUGAAAUUUGUGAAAUCCA